AUGAAUGCCAAAUCUGCUUUUAUAUUUUUAACUGUUUUGCAAUAUACUGUUUCUAUAAUUAUACCCACUUCAUUAGGAAAAUUGAGUGGAAAGGAGAUAGGGGAUUACCACAUUUUCAAACGCAUUCCAUUUGCGAAACCGCCUAUUGGGGAAUUAAGAUUCCAGAAACCAGAAAGUGCCAAAAAUUGGAAUGGGAUAAGAGAUGCAACUGAAUACGGUCCGGCUUGUAUGUCGAACUCCACAGAAACGAGUAGUAUACAAAAAUGGGUAGAUGAAGAUUGUCUCCACAUUAACAUCUUCACUUCUAAUAAGUGCCUAAAAACAAAAAACUGCGCAGUUGUUGCUUACAUCCAUGGUGGUGUGCUCAUUUAUGACUCGGCUGUCAUGUUCAAUGAUACUUAUCUGAUUGAUUCUUUUCUGAAAAAUGGUGUGAUCCUUGCAAUCCCAGCAUUUCGACUCGGAAUAUUUUCUCACUUCACAGUUCAGGAUCAGAGUAUUGCACCAUCUAACGUCGCUAUAUAUGAUAUUUUGAAGUCUCUCGAAUUCAUAAAAAAAGAAAUUCACAAUUUUGGUGGAGACAAAAGGAAAGUUACCCUGCUGGGACAUUCAUUCGGUGGUACGAUAGCAAGCAUGUUUACUUUUGGCAAUGAAGUGAAUCCAGAUCUAAGCCUGUUCCAAAGAACUGUCGUUAUGUCAGCUGAUCAAGCAUUUCACCCUUUGGAAUUGCAAUUAGAGACAACUAAACGUUUUGUUGAAUAUGCCAAUUGUUCAGUUCCUUUGAAAUUGACAGGGGAGAUAAGUGACAAUAAAAAAGACAGAAUUGAAAUGCAAUGUCUUCAAAGGAAGAGUGGAAUGGAGUUAUUGAGAAUUCAACGAUCUUUGGAGGAAGCAGGAUACCCAACAUAUGGAGGAGUUGUUCAGCGAGAACCUCUCUUCUCGGAAGUGAAGUCUUCUGAAUAUUUCGGUUCUCCGAAGAAAAUACCGAUGUUAACUGGAUGCACAUCAUUUGAAUUUGAUCAUGUACCAGGUGAUGAGAAUAUGGCUGAAAACUUUGGUUUCGAGAAUCCAGAUGAAUGUGAUGCCAAGUACCGAAAAGAUGUGAAAGAUGGACAUUUUGAUCGUGACAAUCACACUGAUCGGACUAUAGCCGUUUUUGUUUCUACACAACUUCGAGUCAAGAAGCUUCUGAAAAAGGGAAUUCCUGUUUACUUGUACCAACUAAGGUAUCCAAAACAUGUGGUUCACACUGAUGAUCUUUACUACAUAAUGGGUGUUCAUCCAUUUGAAAUGGAUGAAAAUGAGAUUUAUUUAAGGGAAGUGUAUCAGAAUAUGGUCAUGAAUUUCGUGAAGAAUGGAGAACCUGGAAACGGUUUCGAAAUAUCUGAUCCAAAAAGUUCCAGUUAUUUUGAAAUAAAUUGGAAUGAAACUACAGGCUUGAGACCGCACAUGAGUACAGAUUUCGAGAAGAAAGUGAUGCACUAUUGGGGACCCGAGAUGACGGAAUUCGAUAAGCAGAUCACUCUGGAAAAACAGCAAAAAACAGCUAGAUUCAGAUCAUCAGCAAACACUCCAUACCGCAUAGAUUCAAAUUCCCAUUUGUUCUUAACUAUUUCUAUGUUCUCUCUUGUUUUCCUUUUUGGAUUCUAUGCUGGAAAAUGUUGCUUGAAUCAGGACAGGAAUCAAUAUAUUCAGUUUCUUCAUUUAUUGAAAACUAUAUCGUAUUCCUCUCAAAAAUCACUUCCUUCGAACAUGGUACUCAACUCCUUCUACCUUACAUAUUUUCUCUCUCUUAUUUCCUCUUUAUUCGCUUAUGAUCUAUCAACAUCAUACGGAAUAUUGUCUGGAAGGGAAUCUGGAGAUUAUUACUUAUUCAAACAUGUUCCAUUUGCUAAACCGCCGAUUGGGGAGCUGAGAUUCCAGAAGCCAGAGACUUCGGAGAAAUGGAACGAUGUUAGAGACGCCACAGAAUACGGCCCAGCGUGUAUGUCAAAUUCUACUACAUCGAAAAGUAUUCCAAAAUCGAUCAGUGAGGACUGUCUCCAUUUGAAUAUUUUCACUUCCAGGAGAUGUUUAAAUGCCAAAAACUGUUCCGUUGUUGUCUACAUCCACGGAGGUGAUAUUUUAUAUGAUUCUGCUGUAAUGUUCAAUGACACUCACAUUCUAGACACAUUUGUGAAAAAUGAUGUGAUCCUGGUAAUUCCAGCGUUUCGACUCGGAAUAUUUUCACAUUUUACUGUAGAAGACCAAAGUAUCUCUCCUACUAAUUUAGCGUUUUAUGACAUUCUGAAAGCCUUAGACUACGUGAAGUCUGAAAUUCACAAUUUCGGAGGAAGUAAUCAAAAAGUAACUUUGUUCGGACACUCUUACGGUGGAACCAUGGCUACUAUGAUGACUUUCAGUCCUAGGAUAAACCAGGAUAAAAGUCUAUUCCAAAAAAUAGUAGUCAUGUCAUCACAUCAAAAUUUCCAAUCGUUACAAUAUCACAUCGAAAGAACACGGGUUUUCGCUACGCACGCAAAUUGUGUAUUGCCUUCGAAAUUGGCUAGAAAGAUGACAAAAAAUCAACAGGACAGUUAUACAUUAAAAUGUUUACAAUCAAAGAGUGGGCACGAAUUAUUGAGAAUUCAAAGAUCACUAGAAGAAUCUGGAUACACGACAUUCGGAGGUGUCGUUCGAAGGGAGCCGCUGUUCACAGAAGUUCAUUCAUCGGAAUAUAUGAACACACCAAAUCCAAUACCAAUGCUGACUGGUUGUAACAAACAUGAGAUGGAUUUCCUACCAGGGGAUAUGCCGAUUGCUCAUAUGUUUGGAUAUGAGAAUCCAGAGGAAUGUGAAGAAAAGUAUCGAUAUGAUUUGAAGCAUGGAAAAUACGAUCGUGAAAACCACACUGAUAAAACCAUCGCAAUGUUGGUCCCUACAAAAAUACGGGUCAAUAAACUUUUGGAGAAAAAUAUUCCGACAUAUUUCUAUCAACUGCGAUAUCCAAAACAUUCUUAUCAUACUGACGAUCUAUACUACGCAAUGGGUGUACAUCCGUUCGAAAUGGAUGAAAAUGAAAUUCAUUUGAAGGAGGUCUAUCAGCAAAUGAUUAUAAAUUUUGUGAAGCUUGGGAAUCCUGGAAAUGGAUUUGAAUUGACGGACAUCAAAACUUCGAGUUAUUUUGAAAUUAAUUGGAACGAAACAACUGGUUUGAGGCCUCAUAUGAGCACAGGUUUUGAGAAAAAAAUGAUGGACUACUGGCUGGGAGAAAUGGUUGCAUUCGAUAAAAAGAUAUCAGAACAGAAAAGGAAAACACCAGACUUUAAAUUUUCUGAAAUCUAUAUUAAUCCGAAUAUUGCUGAUCAAUCAUCAUCACUUAUGUUCUCUGUUAUUUUUGCGAUUUCUGUUGCUUGUUUAGGGUACUUUUUAUAUAAGGAAUGUUACACCGGUGAUCAAAAAAGAGUGUAUCUUAGGAUAGACGGAAGAGAUUAUAAUACUGUAAAGCAGUCGGAAAUGCUGGUCUAUUGA